AUGGCCCCCCCGCCACCACCUGCACAAGAAGCAACAGCAGCUGCUGCGGCAGCAGCAGCAGCUGCUGCUGUACCACCAGCAACACCAGUGCCAGCAGCAGUUGCUGCUGCUGCUGCUGCACCCGUAGCAACAACACCUGCGCCAGCCCCAUCCCCAGCGCCGGCAAAACAGCCCCUCAUGUCGUGGCCACCUCCUUCGGCAGAGCAACAGCAGCAGCAGCACCUGCUGCUGCAGCAGCAAGAACCUGCUGCAGCAGCUGUUGCAGCAGCAGCAGCUGCUGCUGUGGGCUCCGGCUCGCACAUGCAACAGCAAGCAGCAGCGGCAAUGCACCUACAGACCUCCAUGUGGGAGGUGGCUGCUGCCCAACAACAACAGCAACAGCAACAACAACAACAGCUGUUGCUGCUACACAGCAGCAGCAUCUGGCCAACGGCAGCAAGUGGAGCUUACAUAGACCCGAUGAUGCAAACAACCUGUUACCACCCGUUGCUGCAGCAGCAGCAGCAGCAGCAGCAUCUCUGGUAUGCAGCCUCCCCUGCACAGCAGCAAAUGCAGGAGCAGCUGCAGCAGCAGAUGCAGCUCCAGCAGCAGCUCCAACUGCAGCAGCAACAGCAGGAUCCAGCAGCGGCAGCAGCGGCGGCAGCAGCAAUGGAGGCAUGGAAUGGGGGCCAGGAGGAGGAGCGGCAACAGCAAGAGCAGCAACAGCGUCGGCUGCCACGUUCGCAGAAGAAACAGCAGACGCGGGAAGAGUACCGCAGGAAGAAGAGGCAACAGAGGCCGGAGGAGAGGCGGCAACGGAGGCGACAGCGAAAAGAAAAGAUUUUCGAAGGGUUGCAGUCCUACGAAGAGAAGUCGGCUGCUAUGAAGGCUCACAAGGAACGGCUGGAGGCAGAGAAGAAAGCCUUUCAGGCACAUCUGGAGGAAUGCUUGAGAGGGGGCCUUCGGGUUUGCUUUAACUGUUCCUUCGAUGAAACAAUGAAAGAUAAAGAAAUCCGCAGCCUGGCAAAGCAGUUGUUUUUGAGCUAUCACUGCUUGAAGAGAAAUACGGACGUGAAGAUUCAGAUGCACCUUUCGUCCUUUGUGGAGGGAAGCCCUUGCCGGGUGGCGUGUGAAGACCUUUUCGCUGGCGCUUCUUGGCGGGUGUUGCGGCACGAUGCGCCUUACUGGGAAUGUUUUGCUGCAGAGGAUAUUAUUGUUCUCUCUCCGGAUGCCUCUGAGGAGUUGCUGGACAUAGACCCUUCCAAGGUUUUUGUUAUUGGGGGCCUUGUUGACAGAACCAUCAGCAAGGGUUUGAGCGCAUCUCAGGCAGACACUUUAGGCUUGACGUGCCGGAGGCUUCCCUUCAAGACCUUUCUACCUGACAAACACCGCGUCGUGUUGAACGUGAAUGCGGUGUUGGAAGCUUUGAUUUUUUAUUUAAAGAACAAAAAUUGGAAGGAGGCUCUAAAUUCUGUUCUCCCUUCUCGCAUGCGCUCUGCAGAAAAUGUGGAGGCGCUAGUUCGAUCUGACGCUGCCUUCGCCGCUGCGUACAACAUGAGGAGAGCUCGGGAGUCUGUUUGGUGUGGGGGUCGAGGGAAAGCACAAAAAAGACAGAAAAGCGAAUUUAAUGAAGACAAGCAAAACGGCGAAAACAGUCACACGGCAGAGGACUCUGAAGAUGAUCUUUUUGGAGAGGGAUUUGGUUUCGAAUUGCUCGAGUCUGCCGACUUCGCUGCCCCAAAAGAGACUCCCUCCUCUGCUGGCUGCGCUGCGAAUCCGUUGCUAGAAUAG